UAAAAACAAAAAACUCAACAGCCAGUCGCAGCAUUCCUGUUCAUUUCUAGUCAGAUAAUCACCUUUCCAGAGCGCUCAUAAUGAGUUUUUUCUCCUCUCCGUCUGUGACAUGGAGCCUGGUCGUACUGCUCCUUACCCUUCUGAUAGUGUAUGGAAUAUGGCCCUAUCGCUUUUUUAAAAAUUUGGGAAUUCCUGGUCCAAGGCCUUUUCCCAUCGUCGGCACAACCCGUUUAUACGCUAAGGGUAUUCAGAGGUUUGAUAUGGAUUGUUUCAAGGAAUAUGGGAAAGUUUGGGGGAUCUUCGAUGGCCGUCUGCCGACACUGAUGGUUGCAGACACUGAAAUGAUCAAAACAAUUAUGGUUAAAGAGUGUUACACCUGCUUCACGAAUAGAAGGGAAUCAAACACAGAUUUGUCAGGACCACUUGCGGAUGGAAUCAUGAAUGUGAAAGAUGAAGUAUGGAGAAGAAUUCGUAGUACAAUCUCUCCAUUGUUCACAAGUGGACAGCUCAAACAGAUUUUUCCAGUAGUGGAACAGUACGCCAAUCGUCUAAUAGAUCAUUUGAGGAAGAGAGAUCUGACAAAGCCUGUUCAAAUAAAGGAAGUUUUUGGCCCAUACAGUAUGGAUGUUAUCACCAGUGCUUCCUUCAGUGUGGACAUUGAUUCCAUUAACAACCCACAAGACCCUUUUGUCAGCCAUCUCAAGGAUUUUCUUCAGCUCACUUUCAGCAGUCCUGUUUUCCUGAUGUCAAUUUUUUUUCCUUUUUCAACAAAGAUAUUUCGAAAACUGGGCAUCAUGAUGUUCCCGAAGAGAGCUACAGACUUUUUGUACACCUUCCUCAGGAAGAUCAAAGAUCAGCGUCAGAAUGAAAAGAAUGGGCGAGUGGACUUUCUGCAGCUCAUGAUCCAAGGUCAGAUACCAGACGAUAAAGCUGAGGAGACAUCAGGUGAUCAGACAGCUAAAGGUUUGACUGAUCAUGAGAUUCUGUCCCAGUCCUUUAUUUUCAUCCUCGGUGGUUAUGACACAACCAGCACCACACUGACCUUUCUAAUGUACAAUCUGGCAACCAAUCCAGAUGCUUUGAGGAAACUAGUGGAGGAGAUUGACAUGGCAUUUCCUAAUAAUGCUCCCGUCACAUAUGAGAAACUAAUGGAUCUAGAAUAUUUAGACAUGGUUAUGAAUGAGUCCCAGCGUCUGCUCCCUACUGCAGGCCGUGCUGAGCGAGUAUGUAAGAAAACAGUGGAGGUAAAUGGAGUAACCAUUCCCAAGGAUACUUUGGUUGGAAUUCCAACUUAUGUUCUACACCGUGACCCACAACACUGGACAUCACCUGAGGAGUUCAGGCCUGAAAGAUUCAGCAAAGAGAAUAAAGGGGACAUCAACCCCUAUGCAUUCUUGCCCUUCGGUCUGGGACCACGAAAUUGUGUCGGAAUGAGAUUUGCCCUCCUGGUCAUGAAGACUAUCGUAGUGAAGCUGUUUCAAAAUUUCCACCUUGAGACAUGCAAAGAAACUCAGAUCCCUAUACAAAUUAAUCCCAUGGGCCUACCCAAAACCCCGGUCAUACUUAAACUUGUUCCACGAUCCAGUGGAAAAAUGGAAGAGUAACCAGAUGCAUCAGAAGAUGAUGCAUCGUUGCAUCAUUCACAAAACGUGAAAUCCUCAUCUGAAAUACUUCUUUUUACUUUCAUUGGAUAAUCUGACAGAGUGAUGCAAUGCGUUGUGUCUUUUCUCUUAAUUUGUGACUGAAUCAUUUUCUCUUUUACACCUUAGCCACUUUUACACUUAGCUGAAAUUUGAGUCAAGUGCAGUAUUGGCAAUGUCAGUCAGUAAAGACUGCGCCACGGUCGCUGACUACAAUGCUUUGUAUUAACAUUCAUCUGCUAACGCAAAUUUUCUGAUUUUUGUCAGUGUAUGUGCAUUGAGAGUAUACCAAAUUCAAAGACCUAGUGAAACUGAACAUAGUGCAGGUUUGUGUGUGUGUAAUGAAGUUAUUCAAAUCAGAGUUCAGAACCCAACUGUUGCCCCUCUGAUCUCAACUGUCCUGUUUUUUCAAACUUCUGAGUGAGAAUGUUUUUUAGUUAGCAAUCAUUUUUAAACACAGAUUUUUGUGGUUAAGAAGUGGUUCAAUAAAUGUAAAACAUUUAGUUGAAGAAUGUAUUUUUUACAGCAAUGCAAUCUGGCAUUUUUAACAACUCUGGCUGCGGCUAAUCAACAAUAGAUUAAAAAAAUCUUGUGUAUGUACUU